AUGGGGUGGUUCAAGCGCUUCUCCAGGAAGAAGUCGUCGACGCCCAAGAAAAGCGUAGACCUGCGCGCGCCGCGCAACGACUACUACUCCCCUGCGACCUACGAAUACCAUGGGCCAGACCAGACGACGCGCCUGCCAGAGAAGGUGCUGCGCCGCAUCUUCGAGGAGGUGUGCCCGCACACAGCCGAUGACACGCUGGAUGGCAGCGAGGACAGUGGAAAUGAUGGGUGCAUGACCUGCGAUAUGCGUGACCUGGCACAUUGCGCCCUGACUCGACGGUCAUGGUACGGCAUUGCUGCUGGUCUGCUCUACAACAGUAUCCGCAUUGACGCUGUCCACUACUGCGAGCUCGAAGAGAUCUUUGCCGACCAGCGAAGGCGCAAGUCGCGCAAUGGCGACCAGGAGGAUGUCCCAACGGCGCGCCUCCAGAUACUGAGCAACAGUGUCCGCGGCAACCAGCACCUUGGCCAGCGCGUGCGCUUCGUGAAGCUACCGUACAUGACACGAGAGUCGUGCAAGGCCGAUCUAGCGCGCCUCGUAUCGGGCUGCCCAAAUCUUGAAUACAUCGAUCUGCCAGACGGUUUCCACAACGGCGAUCAGUCAUGCCAACUGCUACGACAAGAGCUGCAGGCACGCUGCCCGCACAUCCAGAAGAUGAAGUACAACGAGGGUGGAGAGCAGUCGCUGGAGUCGCUGCUCCAUGGCUACUGGCAGGAGCUGCGCGUGGUCGAGCUGAACAAGCUGCGCAUUGAGCCCACUGUAUUGAGGCAGGUGUUUGGUAUGCUCCCUCGGUUGAGCGAGCUCAGCGUGACGGGCGACGCCUGGCUUAACGACUCUUUCUUCCAUGAUGCACCUGCCCUGCCACCGUUCCCGCCCCUCGAGACGCUGAAGCUGGAGAAGGCGCAUGGUGUGACAGCGCGGGGACUGGUACAAUACCUCUCGAGCCACAUGUGCGCAGCCAGGCUAAAGACGCUUGUCAUCAAGAACUGCAGCGGCAUCACAGUCACGGACCUGCACGCCAUUCUGAGGGCAGCACCGAACCUGAGAACGCUCGAGUACAACGCCACAGUCACAGCAUCGCUUCCUUUGGAUCCUCUCCCACCUCUGGAGUCUUACAGUCUUCGGAAACUCCACUACGAAAUCAUCGCAAAUUCGACGAACCAGAUCUAUUCGCCAGGCGCGUCCUACUACCAAUAUUUGGCCAAGUCAUUGUUGUCGAACAGUCUUCCAGGACUGCGGCAGGUGUACGUCCAGGACCCUGAGUUCCCUGAGGUCCUCACACUAGCACCGCCGAUCCGUCCAUUCAGCGAGGCACCGCCGCCAUUGUUCAAUCAACCGCUUGAGAUCUUCUCCAAGGGUCUUGAUGAACUGGAAUGGAUAUUUACGUCUAUCAUCCCACCAGAAGCUGGGCAGAGGCGAGCAUCGAUGGUUGGCGGCCGACCGCUCAGCAGCUACUCAGCACACAAGGGCCUGGGAGCUCAAUGGGGCGGUGAUGCUCGAAAGAGUGUCGUGGUACCCAACGGCUUCGGCGGCUUCUUGGCUAUACCAGCGGAUAACGAUGCCCGGCCGAGGAGCGCAGGAAACCCCACGGCUGGUGGCAGCUUUGGCGGCUUCGGUCACAGCCACUCGCACUCACUCAGCUCGAGUCCUGGCGGCCCUGGUGUGCGAGCAAGCUGGAUGACUCACGCGGGACGCGAUAAGCGUGCCUCCAGGGCCGAUCUAUGGCGAUGA